AUGGCAGCCACGCGUCUGCCUUAUUUCCGCAUGGCCCUGGCUGGUGAACUCUCACAAAAGACGAAAGCAUUGCAUCGGCAGUACGGCAAAGUAGUUCGCAUUGCGCCCGAUGAGCUUUCUUUUAUAGACGGUGAGGCCUGGAAGGCAAUCUAUGGCACACGUGUCGGUCAUGGCCAGAAGCCUAAAGAUAUCCGAUUUUAUUUACCACCCGUAGGAGGAGAUCCCGGCAUCAUCGAAGCUAAUGAUGCCGACCAUUCCCGCUUUCGACGUUUGUUGUCGCACGCAUUCUCUGAUAGCUCACUUCGUGGUCAGGAACCUAUAAUCAAGGGCUACGUUGAUCUUUUGAUGCAGCGCCUACAUGAGAAUAUCAAGGGUGGCAUAGGGACCGUGAGCCUCGAAACCUGGUAUAACUUCACAACCUUCGAUAUUAUCGGAGACCUAGCUUUUGGGGAGUCAUUUGACUGCCUCAAGAAUUCAAAGUAUCAUCAAUGGGUAUCUCUCAUUGUAAGCACGGUUAAGUAUAGUGCCUACUCAAAUGUGGCUCUGCGCUUCCCUGGAUCGAAAUACAUCAUCCCAUACAUCACUCCUAAGCAGAUCAUCUCACAGAGUAUUGUACACAAAGCCCUUACUGAGGAAAAGGUCCGGGGUCGGUUGGCAAAAUCAAACGAAAGACCUGAUUUCUUUAGCAAUAUCUUGAAGCAUCAACACACCGAGAGAGAACUCAGCUUCCCAGAAAUGGUCUCCAAUGCUAGUUCGUUGAUCAUCGCCGGCUCUGAAACGACUUCAACUUUGCUCUCUGGGGCGACUUAUCUGCUACUGAGAAACCCACGCGUGCUAGCAAAGCUCCAAGAUGAGAUAAGAUCAAGGUUUACAAGGGAGGGAGAGAUCACCUUUGAAUCCUGUAAUAAACUGAAGUAUUGUUUGGCAGUUCUCACUGAGACUCUUCGCAUUUAUCCUCCCAUUCCAGCUGGAUUACCUCGCAUUGUCGAUGCUCAAGGUGAUAUGAUUGCUGGAAAUUGGAGCAUUGUUUCCAUCUCUCAUUUAGCUGCCAGUCACUUCCCUGCCAAUUUCACCGACGCCGAGCAGUUCAUCCCAGAGCGUCAUUUAGAUGACCCUCGCUUUGCAAAUGACAGUAAAACUGCAAUGCAACCGUUUAGUUUCGGCCCCAGGAACUGUAUCGGACGCAAUCUGGCAUACGUCGAAAUGCGUCUGAUUCUCGCUCGCAUGAUCUUCAAUUUCGAUAUGGAGCUAGAUAAGCCUGAACAAGACUGGAUGGAUCAACAGGAUUACUUUAUAUGGAUUAAGCCAAAGCUGAUGAUUAAACUGAAGCCGAGAGUUCAUCUCUAA